AAAUUAUAUACCAACUUCUCUUUCUUCUAGUUUUUCAUGUCUGAAAAGACUCCUUCUUCCUCACCCACAUAAUAUAUGUUGAAUAUGACCAAAAGCUGUAGCCAACUGUCAACCCAUUUAAUUUUCUUAUAUCUACCCUUAGUCAUCCAUUGUCUUCUCUCCAAGACCAAAAUUAUCAUUGAAGCUCUUCCACACUUAAAAAAGAAUAUUGUUAUUUCGUUGACUUGUCACCAGGAAGAACAUCUUCAAUAUGAACCAGUGUGUACCGAGUUGGGAUCUCGACGAGUCUCCCAAUCCUCCAAAAAAUCCUAUUCAAACUCAAUCCAAUUCUUUAGCUCCUGAUGUCCCCUCGUUGGAUUAUGAAGUAGCGGAGCUAACAUGGGAAAAUGGUCAUUUAGCAAUGCAUGGAUUAGGUCCUCCACGGGUCCCUCAUAAGCCCAUAUCAAGCUACGGAGGCACCCUUGAAUCCAUAGUAAACCAAGCAACCCGACCCAACCCCCCUCAUCACCACGGUAAACCCGUCGUAGACGGGAACAAACACGGUGGUGAUGAGGUGGUCCCUUGGUUCAACAACCACCAAGCCAACGCCUACACUCCUCCAGCUACCGCCUUAGUCACCAUGACAAAGGAUGCCUUAGUGCCAUGUUCAAGAAACACCGACCACCACGGACGCUCCGUCCACAUGCCGGGGCUUGACGGCUCCGCACACGUGGGGUCAUGCAGUGGCACAACCAACAGCAGAGACUGGAUGGCGGCGCCACGCAUGACAGUAGGCCCCACUCAACAUGAGUGGAGCAGCCGUGCGGAUAUGAGUGUAAGUGGAAGUGCAACUUGUGGAGGAGAUAGCCGCCAAUUGACUGUUGACACGUUUGAUAGAGAAUUGGGUACAACUAUGUUCACUUCUACAUCUAUGGGGUCACCGGAAAACACCAGUUCUGACAAGCAGUGCACUAAUAGGACGGGGGAUGACCAUGAUUCCGUUUGUCACAGCAGACCUCAGAGGGAGGCAGGUGAUGAGGAGGAUGAGAAUGACAAAAAAGGGUCUAAAAACUCUUCACCUUCCACAAAGAGGAAGAGGGCAGCUGCCAUCCAUAACCAGUCUGAACGAAAAAGAAGAGACAAGAUUAAUCAAAGGAUGAAGACACUGCAAAAGUUGGUUCCAAAUUCGAGUAAGACAGACAAAGCAUCAAUGCUUGAUGAGGUUAUAGAAUAUUUGAAGCAACUACAAGCUCAAGUUCAUAUGGUGAGCAGGAUGAACAUAUCACCAGCCAUGAUGUUACCUUUGGCAAUGCAACAACAGUUACAAAUGUCUAUGAUGGGAAUGGGUAUGGGUAUGGGCAUGGGCAUGGGAGUUGCCGGAGUUCUGGAUAUCAACCGCCCCAAUAUCGCCGGACUUCCGCCCUUUCUCCACCCUACAGCCGCCACCGCCGCCUUCAUGCAGCCCAUGACCUCCUGGGACAGCUCUAGUGCCACUGCUGCCGCUGCUGGUGGUGUUAUCCCUGAUCCUUUAACUGCCUUACUCGCUUGCCAAUCACAGCCAAUGACCAUGGAUGCCUAUAGUAAGAUGGCAGCAUUCUACCAGCAAUUUCAACAGCCACCUGCAGCCUCUGGCCCUAAACUUAAUUGAUAUAAUAUAGUUGUCAAUUUUGUAAAGUUUUUAGACUUUUCUUGAUUAAUCUUUACAAGAUUAUUGCUGGAGAAGUAUGUAAAUUGAGAUUUUUUUUUCAUUGUUUUCUUCACAUUUUUUUCAGUAGGUGUUUAGAGGUUUGAGAAUUUGUAUCUUUAUUCUGUACUCCAUUUGCUAGUCAACGACUCAACGGGAUGGUGAGUGUAAACAAUUAUGUAUACUUGAUUACGUACAACUUUUAAAUGGAAGUGUCUUUUCCAUGCAUGGA